GGCAGGCAGGAGCGCCGGGAGAAGGGAGGCGGCGGCGGUGGCUGCAGCGGCGGCGGCGAGAGCCCAGUGCUUGAGCCCAGCCAGGGCCGAGCGGAUAGGAGCGCGGCGGCGGCGGCAGCGGCGGCGGCUGGGCCGGGAGAGGCUGGCGCGCCGGGCGGCUCUGCGAAUCCUCCGGCAUCCGCCCCGGCGGGCCGUCCCGGCUCGCGGCAGCCCCCCGAGCAGCGGCCCAGCACCGGCGCCUUCCCGGCGGGCGAGAGUGAACCAUGGAGCUUCGCGUGGGAAACAAGUACCGCCUGGGCCGGAAGAUCGGGAGCGGGUCCUUCGGAGAUAUCUACUUAGGUGCCAACAUCGCCUCUGGUGAAGAAGUUGCCAUCAAGCUCGAGUGUGUGAAAACGAAGCACCCCCAGCUGCACAUCGAGAGCAAAUUCUACAAGAUGAUGCAGGGGGGAGUGGGAAUCCCGUCCAUCAAGUGGUGCGGGGCCGAGGGUGACUACAACGUGAUGGUCAUGGAGCUGCUGGGGCCCAGCCUCGAGGACCUCUUCAACUUCUGCUCCCGCAAGUUCAGCCUCAAGACGGUGCUGCUCCUGGCCGACCAGAUGAUCAGCCGCAUUGAGUACAUCCACUCCAAGAACUUCAUACACCGGGAUGUCAAGCCCGACAACUUCCUCAUGGGACUGGGAAAGAAGGGCAACCUGGUGUACAUCAUUGACUUUGGCCUGGCCAAGAAGUACCGGGAUGCCCGCACCCACCAGCACAUACCCUACCGGGAAAACAAGAACUUGACUGGCACUGCCCGCUACGCCUCCAUCAACACCCACCUGGGCAUCGAGCAAAGCCGUCGAGAUGACCUGGAGAGUCUGGGCUACGUGCUCAUGUACUUCAACCUGGGCUCCCUGCCCUGGCAGGGCCUCAAGGCGGCCACCAAGCGCCAGAAGUACGAGCGCAUCAGCGAGAAGAAGAUGUCGACGCCCAUCGAGGUCCUCUGCAAAGGCUACCCCUCUGAGUUCUCAACAUACCUCAACUUCUGCCGCUCCCUGCGGUUCGACGACAAGCCCGACUACUCCUACCUGCGCCAGCUCUUCCGCAACCUCUUCCACCGGCAGGGCUUCUCCUAUGACUACGUCUUCGACUGGAACAUGCUCAAAUUCGGGGCUUCCUCCAGCCAGGCUCAGCCCCGUGACAGCGAAGCUAUUGCACUGCCCUGUCCCCACCCUCGUCCCUGUGCCGGGCCCACAUACCCACCCGUAUACUGGUGCCCGGCGCCUCUGGGCACCCAGGGCCCUCCAGAUAGGCCCAUGGAGGAGGUGGAAGAGCUGCCCCCCCCAAACUACUGGCCUGUGGUCUGGACUCCAGGGCCCCAGUUCUGACAACACCAGGUGUGCCUGAGCCCAUCGGGGCCAGGCCCGAGGAGACGUCCCUUGGCAUGGUGGGGAUACAGUGGAGAGGGCAUGGUGGAGAAGUCCCUGCGGUGAGAUUCUUGGGGAUGAAUCAGCUGCCUGAUGAACAGAGCCUGAAGGAGGGAUGAUGUUCACUGCCCUGGAGGGCCUGGUGGGAACGGGCACCAGCAGCAGCCUCAGCCAGACCCUGUUGGUGGCCUCUAUAUUGAACGUGAGCUCAUUAAAUGCCCCCACCUGGACCGUGUUUCAUCCUGGUGUGCCUCUCGUUUCUUGGCGGGCGCCCUGGGCCCGCUCUGCCAGAUGCUCAGGACAGAGGCCUUGUUCUCCUGGAUGCUGGGAUGGGCACUCGGUCUUGUGCCCCUCGUCUCUCUGACUCAGACAGCAGUCUGGUACUGUUUCUUAAGGAAUGAGACAGAGGUUGGGGGUUCCACUGGCCAAAGGACCCUAGGGGUGGGAGGUGCGUGAUGGGGCACUUUACACCUCAAACCUUCUGGCUAGGGGCAUGGCCCAGGGCUGGCUCUUCCCACUCCAGGGCACUGCUCAGGGCAUUCGGGCACUCACUCAUCCAUGUAGAAAGUCAUUCCUGAGUCGGGUUCUGGGCUAGAUUUGGCCGUUUCUUUUGGUAGAGCUCCAAGAAUGGAUUUUGCAUUGUCUGGGCCUGUGCUCCCCAGUAUGGUAGCCCCUGGGUAUCUGUGGCUAAUUUUUACUUAAAGUUAAUCAAAGCUGAAAACAUACUUUUUUAGUCGCAUUGGCCACAUUUAAAGUUCUUAGGAGCCACGAGUAGCUGGCUAAUGGCUACCGUAUUCCAGCAAGUCAGAGGUGAACACAUCCGUCAUCACAGAAGGUUUUGUGGGACCUGCUACUCCAGAUGGCUCCUCACAGAGCCUCACAUGGGACUGUCCAGCUGACAAGAUCUUGUCUCAGGCCAUGCCAGGAGCACCCUCUCCACCCAUUGCUGGCACCCUGAUCCACUCCUGGGGUUCCUUUCGAGGAAGGCCCUGAAGUCAGAAGCUGAGCAGAGGUGCCAGUAGCCUUACCUUGCAUGGAUCUCUGACUUGAGGGCCAUCGGACUGGAAAGUGGGCGUCUUCCACUCCAUCACCACCAUGGUGAGCUUGACCACCUCCAGCCGUCCCUGACAGCAGCAUCUUCAGACACAAGAUGGGGACCCUGAGGCCAAGCCCCUCCCACAUCACCCUCCUCUGCAGGAAGUCUUCACUAGCACCAACCAGCAGACUGGACACAUUGCUGAGCACCACGGGCGGCAGACUCCCAUGAGAAGGAUCCCGCCCUUGACUGAGAGCUUCCCUCCUCGGAGCAGCCAUCCCAUUUCAUUUGACAUCAGUGCCCUGGAAUCCCUGGAGCCUAGGAUGCUGCUGUCAGCACGCAGCCACUGCGAUCCGAGGUCCAACUAGCCGGCCAGGUGGAAACUCAACAUGGGCAAGGAUGGGUCCACGCAGACAUGGGUGGAUGCUUGUGUGGCUUUGAUGUUGACUUUUUGUGUUUUCUUGUGGGCAAAUAAAAGCCAAGAGACCUC